CAAGUUCAAUGGUGAUUGAAAAAUUCCGCAACUAAACGUGAUCCUCACCCCCUCUCUCUCUCUUUCUCUCUCUCUCUCUCUCUCUCUCUCUCUCUCUCUCUCUCUCUCUCUCUCUCUAACUCUUUUGAGCUGAAUCGCUUGGGUAUACAAACGCUUCGACAAGCCUCAGCCGUACGCUCACACAAAACCCUCACCGUUGCUGAUGCAGAUGCUUACUAUGGCUGAUAAAAAUAGGUGACGAUCGUUACACAUUUUGUUUGACCAUGCAACUUUGCGAAGGUCGUCACCGGCUCGUCUCUGCUCGUAGAAAAAGCUUCCUCACACACCACAGCAGUGUGAGUGCCCUGCACGAGUACACCGAAAGACCUUCCGUGGCAUGGCCGUACGCCGCAGGGUGCAACGGUCUUGUUGGCACAAGUUUUGCUUACUAACGUGCAUAAACAAAACAAGCAAAGCGAUCUGAUACGGUUUGCCAUCUUCCGACGCAUGCGCAACCGGGACUGGUGCGUAUUGAACUUUGGUGCGCUAUCACUCUGGUUGGUCGCGGUUGGGAGAACGUUUUAUGUUCUCCUAAUCUAACGUAUGACAGAGAGUACGCUAGGGUAGAGAGAGAGAGACAGUGAGAGAGAUUUUGAAUGAAAUUCACAGAUUACUCAGGUGCUCUGCGCUCGCUCCCUUAUGCUCGUAUGAUAAGACUACACGCUGCGCUGUGCGAAAGGGUUCCCAUCCAAACCCAAUCCUAGUAGGCAACUAGUCGGUACUAACAAACGGCACCGUUCGGUCGGGUGGGUGAUUAGUGUCCUGUCCGAUUCGGUUCAGUUUCAAUUUUUUGUCACUCGAGUGAUAACCCUUCAGCCGGUCAACCUUGACCGUCGCGCAAUCAUGGAGCACAAACGGCUACUCUCAGCAGUGGUGCUUUUAGGCCUACUGCUGCUGGGAAGUGCUCCACCAUCGCAAGGGGCACGAAUUCUCGGUAUACUGCCGUCUGUUGGCCGUUCCCACUACAUCAUCGGUGCCGGGCUGAUGAAGGCACUGCUGGACGCUGGCCACGAGGUGACCAUCGUCAGUCCCUACCCGAUGAAGGAUGCACCGGCCGGUCUGCAUCGGGACAUUCUGCUCCCAGAUCUGGCGGCCGCCCACGGUGUCUCCGGGCCGGAUCUGUUCCAGUACAAAAGUGCACCGAACCUGAUGGUCCUCUACCUGGUGUACAGUGAGAUUGGCCCACAAACGUCGGAAGCACUGCUGCAGCACCCAAAGAUGGUGGAGCUAAUGCAGUCCGGCGAGCGGUUUGACGCCGUCAUCGUGGAAUCGUUCGCCAGCGAGGUGCUGUACGGGCUGGCGGAACACUUCGGUGGACAGUUGUUUGUGUUCUCGCCGUUCGGUGCGUCCAUGUGGACGAACGAGCUGGUCGGUACGCCGUACCCGUACUCGUACAUUCCGCACACCUUCCUGAGCUACACGAACGAGAUGUCGUUCUGGCAGCGGUUCACGAACGCACUCGUCGGCCAUGCGGACAAGCUGUACUACCGGUGCGUGUUUCUGCCCCAGCAGGAAGCGAUGUACCGCCGGUUCUUCCCGAACGCGAAGCUCACCUUCCAGCAAACGCUCGAGAGCGUCCGGUUGGCGUUCGUGAAUCAACACUUUACGCUGAGCUACCCCCACCCGUACGCACCGAACAUGGUCGAGAUCGGCGGGAUACAGAUACAGCCGGCGAAGCAGCUGCCGGCGGACAUACAGAAGUACAUCGACGAGGCGCCGCACGGCGUGAUCUACUUCUCGAUGGGUUCGAUGCUGAAGGGCCGCAACUUCCCGGAGGACAAGCGGGCCGCGUUCGUGAACGUGUUCCGCGGGCUGAAGGAGAACGUGAUCUGGAAGUACGAGAACGACAGCCUGCCGGACAAGCCACCGAACGUGCUGAUCAAGGCGUGGAUGCCGCAGAGCGACAUUCUGGCCCAUCCGAAGGUGAAGCUGUUCAUCACGCACGGCGGUCUGCUCGGGACGACCGAGGGCCUGUACCACGGCAAGCCGAUGGUUGGCAUUCCGAUUUACGGCGAUCAGGAGCUCAAUCUGGCCCGGGCCGAACAGGCCGGGUACGGUGUGAAGCUCGAUUACGAUACGCUCAGCGAGGAAACGAUCGCGGCAGCCAUUCGGACGGUGCUGGACGGUCCGGCGUACGGCGAGCGCGCCCGGCUCAUCUCCGACCGGUACCGCGAUCAACCGCUCGGUCCCGCCAAGGCUGCGGUCUACUGGGUGGAGUACGUACUGCGCCAUAAGGGUGCCCCGCAGCUACAGUCCCCGUCCGUGCGGUUGUCCUUCGUCCAGUACAAUCUGCUGGACGUGUACGCGGUUAUGGGUGCGAUCGCUUUAUCAGUGCUAAUUGGGGCGGGGUUGAUGCUGCGGGCAGUGGCGCGGCGGUUGGGAAUUGUCAAACGAGCUCGCCCCGAUAGCGGACAAAAGAAGCGGCAGUGAGGAUGCGGGAGCGAAAUGUUGCCAGUUGCUAACCAGUCGAGCAAACCUUAGAAAAAAAAAGCCAAACCAAAUUCGCCAAUUCGGCAAUGUGCCAAAGAUGUUGAAGGGAAAGUGGGUGGGUAAGAGGGUGGCGGUAUAAGGUAGAGGAAGAACAAAUACAAAAUCGGUACGAUACCGUACCGAUGGUGACAUUCGAGCGAAGGCUAAUGAUGAUAACGUUGAGUGAUUGGGUUGGUCAGUGAGUUCAAACAUCCAAUUCUUCCACGUGCCGGCAAGGUGCUAGUAGGAGCGCGGUACGCAACGGGUUCGCGGGCAGUAUGCAUAAGAUAACAACGGCAAGGGUGUGUGAUAUGUAUUUACGGUCGAGACGGUGCGACACUGUUUACUCUUUGAGCUUGUGUGAUUAAACGAAAAUAAACGAAUAAAAAAUGGCGUGUGUGUAUAGUAUUACACAAUCAAAUAUUGCCAGAAUGACA